GAGCACAGCGAUGUGUUGGAAUGUGUGAGACUUGUACUUCCCUGAACAAGAAGUUUGGAAAAUAACAUCGAAAAUCUUUACGAAACACCGCUAAACGCCGAACGAACACAGAGGCUGAUUGAGCAUGGCUGCUCAGACAGUGUUUGCGCUGGGCUCAGGCAUGUUCGUGCCCUCUCGGGGCAUUCCACUGCCCGAUGAGAGCCACGAGCUACCCGAGCUUCCCCGCACAGACUUGCCAGCGCCUCAGCUGGUUAUGCUGGCCAACGUGGCCCUGACGUCGGAGGCCGCCCCGGGUGACUGCGUCGUGGAAGAGAAGCAGAUGGUGGAGUUGAAGAACGUUGGCUGCAGCAGCUACUCCGACAGCGAGGAUGAGAACGUGAUCCGCUACAGCUAUGACAAUUCUGAUUCGCCGGAGAGCCCGUACCAUGAGGGAGAUGCCCUCAGCCGGGCGGAGCCCAGGCCAGCUGUGCACAUCGUCGAAAGGGUGGAGGGGUCUGGGGAGGAGAUGAGGGCAGAGGACCUCUCCAAGCCGGCCAGCCCAAGCCCUCCGGUCGAGCACGCCGGCCUUGGCAAGCGCAAGCACAGCCAGGUGGUGGAGGCCACUCCUGCACCUACACCCGCCGCAGAGCCUCCCAAAAAGAAGAAGAAGCCAUUCUACUGCAAGCCGUGCCAGUACCAGGCAGCCUGCGAGGAGGAGUUCAUCCACCACAUCCGUGUCCACAGUGCCAAGAAACUGAUUGUUGUCAACGGCGCAGGGGACUCCGACGACGAGGCCGAGCCCGGCGGCUCCACUCAGCAGCAGGGACCCGAGAACGGGGCCUGCACCAAGGGUGUCAUCCGGUGUGAGCGCUGCGGCUACAACACCAACCGCUACGACCAUUACAUGGCUCACCUCCGGCACCACAAGAACGAAGGGGAUGAUCAGAGGGUGUUCAAGUGCACCAUCUGCCCCUACUCCACUGUCAGCCAGUACCACUGGAAGAAGCACCUGAGGAACCAUUUUCCCAGCAAGCUCUUCACCUGCAACCAGUGCUCUUAUUUCUCCGACAGGAAGAAUAACUACAUACAGCACAUUCGUACCCACACUGGUGAACGUCCUUUCCAGUGCCUUUACUGUGACUAUUCAAGCUCACAGAAGACUCAUCUCACAAGACACAUGAGAACACACUCUGGUGAGCGGCCUUUCAAGUGCGACAGCUGCAGCUACCUGGCAGCCAAUCAGCACGAGGUGACCCGCCACGCUCGGCAAGUUCACAAUGGGCCCAAGCCGCUGAGCUGUCCCUACUGCCAGUACAAGACGGCCGACCGCAGCAACUUCAAGAAGCAUGUGGAGCUCCACGUCAACCCACGCCAGUUCCUGUGCCCUGUGUGCAAGUACGCCGCGUCGAAGAAGUGUAACCUGCAAUACCACAUCAAGUCCCGCCACCCUGGCUGUUCGGACAUCUCCAUGGACGUGUCAAAGGUCAGGCUGAGGGUCAAGAAGGCGGACGGGGAUGAGGCUGCUGCCCCUCCGGGAGGGAAGCAGGCCGAGGCGACGCAUGAGCAGCAGGGGGAAUCAAAGACGACAGCAGAGGAGGCUGACUCAUGCUCAGGACCCAUCAACCUGUCCAUCAGGAAGAGUGGGAAACCGGGCUCAGCACACACCACUGGCACAGAGCCCACCAGGAGAACAGUGGACCUGCCCGGAAGAGAGAAAGCCAGCAAGGCGAGCCUCCACGCAUGUGAGAAGAAGGCAGAGAAGAGGGCUGGGCAGAAAAAUGAAGGCAGAGAAACAAGCAGCAGGAAGGUGAGAGGCAGAGUGGCAGAGAAAUCUGACCCCACGGAGAGAGCAGCCGCAUGCUGCGUUGACAAUCCGGAUGGGAAAAGGGACAAAGACCCAAAAAAAGCGGAAAAGACCCCAAAAUCCAUGGAGAAAGCUGCCAGGAGCCGGUCAAAAAAAGAGAGGGUGGCCAAGGCCAACAGCGAGAAGGACCAGCCUGCUGCAGAAGUGGAGCAAAGCGUGGACCUGGAGGGAGGGCAGGAGAAUAGCCAGCCACAGAAGGAGACAAGAGGAGUCGAGCAGAGACGGCGAGAAGAGGCGGAGGAGAGGAGAGAGAGGGGGAGGCCGGAGAGAGAGAACAGACCACGGGUGGAGAAGGAGGAUGGAGAGAGAGAGACGGAGAUCAGCAGGGAUGCUGGCCCCAAGAAAGCUCCACCCAGGAAACAGGGCAAGAAGCCAGCGAGAGCUGCGAAGGCCGACCCCAGAGAGGAAGACUCACAGACCCACGGCGAGACGUGCAAGGAAGCCAAGACGAAGACGGCAAAGCGCAAAGUGGAGGACAAUGCGUCGCCGCAGAGGGGUUCCACCGUGCAGGACGGCCGUUCGGAGAAGGUCAGGCGCAAGAAAGAGAAGGUGGUGGAGAGGCCAUCGCUGAGUGCCGCAAUGGCUGAGCCCGCCGCCCCCGUGCGCACCGACGGCAAGGUUUCGAAGGGCAAAGCCAGGCAGAGCAGGAGGAGUGCGAGCAAGGCAGAGAUGAGCGUGGGGGAACCCAAGAUUCCCAGCGCAAGUGUGGAGAGCGAUGCGGUGGGUCAGAUGCCAAACCCCUUGCAGGGAAAAGUGUUGCCUUCUUCAGGGCCUGAGCAGGUACCUAAAACCCAUACCUUACAGCAGGACCAGGUGAAGACCGUGCCACAGUGCCUGGAGAAGUCUACUGCAGAAAAGAUUACAUUAACACAACAGCAGGAGGAGAGCGCCCCGCACACCUGUCCAACAGAGGGCACUCCCACAGAUCAAAGCCUAGUGGAGGAGGGACCCCAAAUAACAGAGACCAUGCAGAGUACUUCAGUGAAGCUGGCUGAAGAGGAGGAGGAACCUGGAAGCACAAAGGAAAAAGAUCAGUGCAAUGGGGACAGUAAAGACCAGGAGACCCCGGAGGAGGACAGCGGGAGCGAGGAGAUCGUGUCCCCCACUGUGAGUGAGAGAGAACCGGGGUUCAUCCAGGAGCCGCCACCCAAGAACACGUCCCUGGAGUUCCCAGAGCCAACACGUCCCAAACCGGCAGACGGUGAGGACGACGAGGGCAUUCACAGCCCUGACGGAGGAAGUGACAUCAGCGACUGUGCCUCGGAGGGGAGCUACGACUCUGGCCUCAACGGGCUGCCAGCCGCCACGGAAAAGCUUCCGGAAACCCCCACAGAGGAGCUUCCAUCUCCGACCCAGCUGCUCAGUCACACGUGUGUGUUCUGUGACCGCACGUUCCCGCUGGAGAUGGACUACAGGCGUCACCUACACCGCCACCUGGUUAACGUGUAUUACCUGGAAACAGCAAUGCAGCGGGACAAGUAAUGAGUGGAGUUCAUACGGUCACUUUUAACGCUGACUUUUUUUUUUUACUUUGCCUGGUUUAAAGCAGUUUAUAUGCACUUUUUUGGUGUGUGGUUCUCUUCUGAAAUAAGGAGUAUUAUGAUAUAAAUGUUUAUAAAAUUUCAGCUGUCACGUGGAUGUUGGAACACUUUAAAACUGAUUUAUAAUUAAAUUUACACAGAACAUAAUGACUCGUCAUGUACUACUAAAACCAUUUCCUGGAUUAACUGCUACUGUUUCAGGUGCUCACCUCUGUACCAUCACCUCAGUUUUCCUCAUUUGUUUAUAUAGUAAUCACAGACCUGUGCCAUAUAUGGCAUGCAAUGAUUAGAACAACGUUGAUGUAAUUAUCCAUAUCUUUGUGCUUGUGUAGCUUCCAAAAUGAUCAAGGACUGACUUCAUCUCUCGGUAGUACCCUGAUGUGGUGAUCCUUUAAAGAAAAGAGCUCCCCCCUCCAUUAUUGCAUUGCUCAAAAGUAACAAAGGCGAAGCGUCUGAAUAGCACAGAGCACAGCUCUCACGCCUUUUAUCCUGCUCCUCUCCAGUGGAGAGAGAGAAAGAGGGAGGGGGAAACAGAGCGACGGCAAGAAGGAGAGGGCACAUUCACAUUUGUGUGCAUGGACGAGAACUGUCGGCGUCACCAUACAUUUCAGUUUGAAGGACACUCGACAGCCAGCAGGGUGUUUUUGCUACUGACAUUCUACAUGUUCUUACACAGUACUGCAUUUUAACUAAGUAGAACUUAUGCAUAUGUUUUUUUAAUUUGGUGCAGUAGCUAGCCAGCUAUAUAAAUGUAUGAGGAAUAACCAAAAGAAUUAGAAACCAGCUGAAAUGGGGCAUUUCCAGUUGGCAUUUGAUCUCCACUGCGCUUCGUCAGUGCUUGAACUUUUUUUUUUUUUUUUUUUUUACUUUUUCACUAGUCUUCUAUUUUUAGUCCAAAGAAUUUCAUACUCCUCUUGCCCAUUUUACUGAGACUGUACAUAUUACUCAAUUAAUUUUUGUCUUCUUUCUGUGAUGCCUCUGACAAUCUUUUUUUCCAACUUUUUUUUUUAUAGUGUGCAUUCAUUUUUCACGAACAUUUUAAGCCUUUUUCCUCCUGUUACUGUUCCUAAAAAGCGAAUCAAAUUGUGAAAUAUUGCAGACUAUACUACUGCAGACCAGAAUUAUAUGAAUUGAAAUUUUUGCUAUUCCAAAGCUGAUGUCAUCUGUAUAAUCUGUAUUUGAAAUGUAUUCGGUUAUAUAUGGCCUUAUUUUCAAUCGGUGUAUCAAUUGAUAUCUGCCAUAUUCUUUAAAAUAAGAGAAAAAUGACACCUUUAGCGAGUUCAGUGCAAUAUUGUGUAUUGGAUAUUAAACCAAAGUAAGAACUACAGUUCCCCCUAGCAUGUAUGUGCCAGUCAUUGGUAGACAAUGCAUUUUUAGACUGUUGGAUACUUUUACUGUAAAUGCGUUUUCAUUUCUUGGUACACAUUCACUUAUUUUCCCUUUCUAUAGGUAUAAGAAUCGCAACUGAAAUAACAUUUUAUUUUACAGAUGCCAUGUAAUCAUGUAAGUGUGCUGUUGCCAAUUUAGUAUACACGGGUAGUAAUACUAUAUCAGUUGAAAUGUGUUCAAUUGAAAUUUAGAUCUUUCAAAGAAUUGUUGGUGUCUUAGCGUUAUGUAUGUAAACAACCAAUAUUUCAAUAAAAACUGUACCCCCACAA